AGGCUGCGCGCCCUCCGCGCUGUCGGCUGCGGGUGCGAGUCCCAGCCGUGCUCCGCACCUAGUCUCCGGCGCACCACACGCCCUUGGCCUUCGCCCUGGCCUGCCGCCCCUCUCGAGGCGAGACUCGCCGGCAGCUGGGAAGGGGCCCCCACAAACUUGAUCGUAAGCUCAGCGCCGACCUCCGGCAGGGCGCUCGGGGCAGGCGGAGGACAGGUCGCUGCCCGCACUUCCUGCCACCGCCGCGCCAACUGAGUCGACAGGAAAAGUUUUCUCGACGAGGGCAGGCGUGUCCUCCUCACCCAGGGGAGGCGCGAGUUCGGCAGUUCCCGGGCCGGGGCCGCGCAGCUAGGUCAGAGAAGCGGAGGAGAAAGAAACAGGGUCGUGAAGAGCCUAGCCCUACAACUUCCAGCCGGGACGGUCGGGCCCGCCCCCGCGGCACCGCCCCCGCCUCCCCCAACUGAGCCCCUUCCUGCCGCUGCCGCUGCCGCCGCCGCCGCCGCCGGGCCGGUGUGCACCCUGGACUCCGGGGCGCACGGGGCGCACGGAUUGAUGAGUUUCCUCAGAGCUAGCGUCCGCUCGCCGGCCUCUCCCGCCCCCAGCCGUCCCUACCUUCCCCCUCCUGGACCCAGGCUGCGCAGGGAGGUGCAGGGGGCGGGCGGCGGCAACGCGGGGAGAAGGAAAAGGAGAGCAGGGAGGAAAGGACCGUCCCCGGAGAGAAGCCCGCUCCAGCUGCAGCCGCGAGCCCCCUCCCUCUUUCCCGCCCCACAAACUCGGAGAUGGCGGCGGCAGCGGCGAAAGGAAGCGCCGGUUCUCCAGCGCCACUUGGCGCUCCAGCACCGCCUGCUACGAGCAGAAGGAGACAGCGGCGGCGCGGCAGCCCCUGAGCGGAGCGGGCGGCUGGCCCCGCCCCCUCCCGACGCUCCGAGCUGAGGGGGCGGGCCCCCCGGCGCCCAAU